AGUCACCUCCGCGUUUUUCAUAACUUUAAAUGGCUUUCCUUCAGUAUUGUUGAGCUCUGGGGCAUUAUUCUCUCUCCUCGCUUUCUUACUAGACUGACCAGGACCUGUUGUAGGCGCUAAGGCGGGGAACUCAACAGAAGCAGCAACAUCAUCGCCAUCACGGCCCGUUUUGCCAUCGUUUACUUUUGGAUAUCACCGUAUACUGCGUUAAAAUGUUGCCAUUAUCUUUAUUAAAGGCAGCACAGGAUAAUCCUAUGCUGGUUGAGUUGAAGAAUGGUGAGACGUAUAAUGGUCAUUUGGUUAGUUGUGAUAACUGGAUGAACAUACAACUGAAGGAAGUCAUUUGCACAUCAAGAGAUGGUGAGAGGUUUUGGAAGAUGCCAGAGUGUUUCAUAAGAGGCAGUAUGACUAAAUAUUUAAGAAUUCCUGAUGAGGUGAUUGACAAGGUAAAGGAGGAAGCUUUUAAACCACGUGGACCAAGACCAGGUGGUGGCCCCAGAAGAGGAGGAGGAGGAGGA